ACACAGAUUAACAGAGAGGUUCUCAUCGCAGAGCAGAGAUAAUCUCAUCACAGAGCAGAGAUAGUCUUAUCACACAGCAGAGAAGAGAAGACAGACAGACAGAGGAAACCUUUACAGAGAAUCACAAACAGACAUAAUCUACAUUUCACACAUCUCUCCUCCGUUCUCUGGAAGACAUCUUCACUCAGUGUUAGUCCAGACACCUCCGUACGGCUCAGUUUAUCAGUGACCUAUCAUGGCGUCUACCAUGGACAGUGCCAAGAUCCUCUUCUCUGUUCUGUUUCUCUACGUCUGCUACCAGGUGACUCAUGGCCAGAUGGUGAUGGACUGCUGUCUGGAGGUCAACAAAAAAGAGAUCCCACAACGCAUUGUCACUGGUUACCAGCCUCAGGUUAGGGGUCAAGGCUGCUCCAUUGACGCCAUGGUCUUCAACACCAGAAAGGGACGUAGGCUGUGUGCCCCCACCGGCCCUGCCUGGGUUACUAACCUGAUGAAACACAUGGACAAGCUGAUCAAGAUGUGCGAUGACACCAACUUCAAGGGUAAACACUGUAAGAAGUUGAUGUCCAAGCAGUCCUAAAGUCCCAAUUGGACGCCCUCCCUCCACCCUCACUGCCACCUCACUGCCACCUCCACCCCCCUUCUCCUGGUCCAUGGGAGUUUUUUUUUUUUAAAUGAAUGGAAAAAUGUGAUUCCUCCUACCACUAGUGCACUUUUUCAGUUUCCUUCCAUCUUCAGUCUUUAUCCAGCAGACCAUGUUGUUUCUUCUGUCAGUUUUUACCCAGCAUGCCAUGUUGUUUCCUUCUGUCUUCAGUUUUUACCCAGCAUGCCAUGUUGUUUCCUUCUGUCUUCAGUUUUUACCCAGCAGACCAUGUUGUUUCCUUCUGUCUUCAGUUUUUACCCAGCAGACCAUGUUGUUUCCUUCUGUCUUCAGUUUUUACCCAGCAUGCCAUGUUGUUUCCUUCUGUCUUCAGUUUUUACCCAGCAGACCAUGUUGUUUCCUUCUGUCUUCAGUUUUUACCCAGCAGACCAUGUUGUUUCCUUCUGUCUUCAGUUUUUACCCAGCAUGCCAUGUUGUUUCCUUCUGUCUUCAGUUUUUACCCAGCAGACCAUGUUGUUUCCUUCUGUCUUCAGUUUUUAACCAGCAGACCAUGUUGUUUCCUUCUGUCUUCAGUUUUUACCCAGCAUGCCAUGUUGUUUCCUUCUGUCUUCAGUUUUUACCCAGCAGACCAUGUUGUUUCCUUCUGUCUUCAGUUUUUACCCAGCAGACCAUGUUUUUUUCUUCUGUCUUCAGUUUUUACCCAGCAUGCCAUGUUGUUUCCUUCUGUCUUCAGUUUUUACCCAGCAGACCAUGUUGUUUCCUUCUGUCUUCAGUUUUUACCCAGCAGACCAUGUUGUUUCUCAGUGGCACAUUCAUGUACUAUAUCUUUUAUAUAUUUUAUGUGACAAAAUGAUAAAUAACAUUCCAGAAAGAGUAAAUUAGCUUUGAUUCCACCUGGGAACCUUAAAGCUACAGUCUGGGAUUGGAAAAGUAAUAAAACAACUAUUUUAUUAACAUGUAUUUAAUCAGGGGAGCCACAUUGAGACCAGGGACUCAUUUUCAAUGGCGCCUUUAGAUCACAAAGCUAUAACGUGUUUAGCUAGCUGAUAUGUGAAAUACCUAUCCAGGCAAGUUAAGGUUUCAGCAACGCCUGGGCUGAGGAGAGUGCCCUAUAGCUUUAAGGUCAUAAGUCAGGGGUUAAAGGUCAGGGGUCAAAAUGUACUGGCAGCUGGUUCAAACACCCAUCUUUAAAUUAAACUCAGAGACAAUCAAACAUUUGCUAACUUUUUGUGAACUUUGCAUUUAAUUAAUAUAUAUUUUUCAUUGAUCUUUUUAACAAUGACUGUCAAAUCAAGAUUUUCAGUGAACUUGAAUUCAUUUUUUAAUUAAAUGAGACCUUUAAUGACUAACCUCAAAAGGUAAAAUAUUGUAGUUCAUUGAUACCUUGCUCUUGUCUAUUUUGAUGGAUUAAACUGUGAGUAGAUUAAAUUA